AUGUGCUCCUCGCGAGUACUAUCUCGUCUGAGACUCGAGCAAAACAGGAAAAACACUCGGAAGUCCAUUCAUGAGUUACUCAGAGAGGCAGUUUUCAAUAUUGGACGUAUUGCGCCUCAAAAGCUUCAGGCCACAGAUCUAUCACAUACGUCGUCUUUAUUUAUUGCCGGGGCAAAAAGUGUCGUGAAAUCGAUUGAUCGCUGGUUGAAGCACCAAAAUCUCGAUGAGCUGGGUGAUCUUGUAAAGGAAAUAUUUCAUCUACAAAGGACGACUCCACGAUAUCAGAGCUUGUUGGAUUUGAUCUCGGAUCAAAACAUGGAUCCUUCGUCGAGAUCUAGCCUAUCUAACAUGAUUAAAAAGGUCUCAAGAUACUGGGAAAUUUCCAGACAGCUGUAUCGUAUAGCGAAGAAAUUUUCCCUGGCGCGAAACAUGAAGGUUCAACUGGCGAAACUCCCUCAAAAGGCAUUUGAGAGACAAGCGAACAUUGAAAAUCUCCUCAGCCCCGAGUCUGUCUUAUCUAGACACGGCUUCAUCAAUAGGAAACAGGGAAAUAUUCAUCAACUAUGUCGCAACUUGAAGGUCAAAAAGGAGGAGGCCAGCUCAAGAUAUAAUGAAGCCUUAGCGGCUCUUCCAAAGGCCAAAAUCCACGCUGAAAUUCAGAUCAUUGCAUUUUGCGAAAUGCAAGCGCCAAAGAUCUUUCCUCGGGUGGUUAGCUCUAGCAAGGACGCAUGUUUCCUAUGCAACAGUUUUAUUAACUUGUACGGGCGCAUGCAUACUCCCAAAACACAUGGUCGACUUUACCCUGACUGGAGACUACCUAGUCUUCCAAAUUUCAAAUUAUUCGAGCAGAGUCUCAACAAAACUCUCAUUGAAAACCUUCGACGAGGCGUUUCCUUGGGUUUAGCACAAGGGAAAUUACCUGUUUAUCCCUGCCCGAAUGAAAGCACAGUCCUUACAGUGUGUCUUUCGGAGACCACAGCAAGUAUGCCUGGCAUUUCCUUGGGGACUUCCUCGGGAAUAGUUUCCUCAAUGAGUACAUCUUCGAAAUUCUCAGAAACUCCGCUGCAAGAUGACAAGGCCUUGUCAACCCAUCGACUACCGAAUAUUCAGUCCGUUUCCUUUGACUCGGUUCACACAAUGUACCCAGUUGAGGGAGAAGUGGUCACUGGUAUCAUGAAUUGCAGCAGUUCCUGUCGUCAUAUUGUCGCAGAAUCGUUUGAAGUAUACCUCAGCCUCGAGGACGCAAUUCUUUUCGCGACUAAGAAAGAGGCGACGCUGGGAUAUGACGUCGAAAGGCUGACAGCAGAGAAGAGAAAGCUUCUCGACACCACAUACCAUUUUAUUGACGUUGAAUGCAUAAAGGGUGAACUUGAAACCGUGUACUCCUUGUCAGAGAGCAAUGAACUCUUUCUUGCUGUCGGGGAGGUGAUGCUCAGGAUCAAAACAUAUCCAUAG